AUGCUGCGCGCAUCUGCGCCUUUGCGAGUCUCGUUCCGCCGACGACCAGCACGCCCGAGCGCGACAGCGCCCGCCGCGCCCCUCCUCUUCUCCCGCCGCGCCGCCCCACAGCUCGCAUUUGCCGCUGGCGGCGUCGGCCUCGCCCUGGGCACCGCCGCCUACCUCACCAACCACGACACGCUCGCCCGUUCGCCCGCCUCGGCCCUCGACGACCCCAACAGCGACGCCGGCGGCCUCUUUGCCUCGUGGCGCCGACGACUCACGACCGGCUUGAGCCCGACCCUCGCCCGCCAACGCGCCGACGAGGCCUACUCGCACGCGCGAGACUGGGUCCGCGGCGUCGGCGGACCGCAGAACCGGCUCGCCGUCAUCGCGGCCGAGAACUGGCUCGAGGUCGGCGAGGCCAAGCGGACGGCACUCGGGCUCGUCGCGAGCUUUGCGGGCGUGUGGGUCGCGUGGAGGUUGCCAGGGCGGUACAACGUCGGGCGCUGGUGGGCGCACGACGCACUGAGCGGCAGGGGCGUGACGAUACUCACGAGCACCUUCUCGCACCGGACCCUCCCGCACCUCGUCUUCAACUCGCUCGCACUGUACUCGUUCACGACGGCGACGUUCCAGUUCCUCGACUCGAGCGACGUCCUCCCGCGCUCGACGUCCAAGUACGAGUACCUCGCCCUGUUCGUCUCGGCCGGCCUCGUGUCGGGCGUCGCGAGCCACGUGUGGUUCUCGCGCGUCGUGGCCGGCAGGCUCCUGCGGCAGUACGGCGCAAAGGCGACGCGCGAGGCGAUCGUUCCUUCUCUUGGUGCAUCAGGCGCCGUCUACGCCCUCGUCACCCUCACCGCCCUCUCGUUCCCGCAAACCUCGAUCGCCCUCAUCUUCCUCCCCUUCUUCCCUCUCCCGAUCGGCCUCGCGACGGCAGGCCUCCUCGCCGUCGACGUCGUCGGCCUGGUCCGUGGCUGGCGAGAGUUCGACCACGCGGCACACCUGGCGGGCGCAGCGAGCGGCGCGUUGUACUGGGCGGUCGGGCACGACUUGUUCGAGCGGCUGCGCAGCGUCAUGUGGCCGCAGCAGCGGCGGAUAGAGGCAGAGAGGAGGGCGAGUAGAGGUUGAGGCGUGCAAUAGAGACGGCUCGACACUCGCG